AUGGUGAGCUCCUGCUGCUGUGCUCCCACCUGCUGCUGUGCUCCCUCCUGCUGCCAGCCAACAUGCUGCAAGACGGUGUGCUGCAGAACAACCUGUUGCAAGCCAUCUUGCUGCAUGUCCACCUGCUGCCAGCCCUCAUGUUGCCAACCUACCUGCUGCAGAACAGUUUGUUGCCGAACAACUUCUUGUGCACCGACCUGCUGUGUGCCCAGCUGCUGCCAACCUUGCUGCCAGCCAUGCUGCUGUGACUCUAGCUGCUGCCAGCCUUCGUGCUAUCAACCAGCUUGCUGCAGAAUAUGCUGUUGCCAGACCUCCUGCUGCAGGCCUGCCUGUUGUGGCUCCAGCUGCUGCCAUCCUUCCUGCUGUUGA